AUUCUAUUGAGUGGAUCCAUAUAUUCGUUCGGUUUUUGUUAGUAGUGCAAAUUUUUUCCGAAUUUUAUCCCGGUUCUGGUUGCCUAAUCAGGCAAUCCAAAUAUGUUUUGGAAAGGUGACAGUCCGCUCUUUUCAUCUGUCAAAUUUGAUUUCAUUGGCAUUAGUUUUGUUUGUGCUACAGGCCUGUGAACAUGUUGGAGAAUAAGGUGCAUUUUCGGCAUAUUUUACUUUAUUAUUUCAAGAAAGGCAAGCAAGCUGCGGAGGCCCACCGAAAGAUAUGCGGCGUAUACGGGGACGAUGCCUUAACAGAACAUGCUCAGAAAUGGUUUGCCAAAUUUCGUUCCGGAGAUACGAGUCUUGAAGAUGGACCCCACAGCGGUCGGCCCACCGAGAUUGAUUCGAAUGAUAUCAAGGCAAGUGGUUGAGCAAGACCGGAUGCUAAAGAUGCCGCACAAGCUGAACGAGGAGAACCUGGCCAACCGCAUGUCCAUCUGCAAUUCACUUCUGAAGCGGCACGAAAGCGACCCAUUUCUCAAACGAAUGACUGACGACGAAAAGUGGAUCAUCUAUGACAUAGUGCGCAAGAGAUCAUGGAGAACCGCUGGCAAGUCGCCGAAUGCCAUCCCGAAGGCCUACAUCCAAAGAAGAUUUUGCUAUCCAUAUGGUGGGAUCAUCGUGAUGCGGUUUUACGAGCUGUUUCCUCAGGGAAAAACGAUCGAUUCGAAGGUCUACUGCACGCAGCUAACGAAAUUGAAUCAAGCAUAGCGACAGAAACGUGACAGAACUGAUCAAUCGCAAAGGUGUCAUAUUCCACCAUGACAACGCCAGACCCACACCGUAAUAAUCCCUCAGCAAAAAUUAGUGCAACUUGGCUGGGAUGUUUUCCCCCACCCACCAUAUUCACCAGACCUUGCGCCAUCCGACUACCACUUGUUCCGGUCCCUGCAAAACUCCCUCAAUAGAAAAUCGUUCGCUGAUCAGAGCUGUGAAAACGUACCUCGACCGGUUUUUUGCCUCUAAGCCCCAGACCUUCUAUGAGAGCGGAAUAAUGAAAUUGUUGGAAAGAUGGCAAGAGAUCAUCAACAAAAACGGAGAAUAUAUCAUUGAUUAAAAUUCAUCCUUUGUAUGAAAAAAA